UUUGGGCAGCGCUUUGGUUCUAGGGUCCCUGCAUCUGUGAUUGUAAGUGCUUGGUUUCUCUUCUGCAAGCUCUCCUAUAGUAGCAAAAGAAGGUUCUGAAACCAUGUCUGGACCUCAUUUCACAAAGCAAGCUUGUGAUGUCGAAAUCACCGAAGAAGAGAGAAAGACGAGGAUUGGGUCAUUGAAGAGGAAGGCAUUGACUGCUUCUGCCAGGUUCAGAAACUCUUUGACAAGAAAGCAUAGGAGAAGCCAGAGUAGAGUCUUGUCUGUAGAAAUCGACGAUGUGCAUGACAUUGAGGAGAUGAAGACUGUUGAUUCGCUUCGUCAGGCACUUAUAUCGGAAGAGCUUCUUCCUACCAAGCACGAUGAUUAUCAUAAGAUGCUGAGAUUCUUGAAGGCCAGGAAAUUUGAUAUACAGAAAACCAAGCAAAUGUGGUCCGACAUGCUUCAGUGGAGGAAGACAUUUGGUGCUGACACAAUACUGGAGGAAUUUGAGUUCAAGGAACUCGAUGAAGUCGUGAAAUACUAUCCUCAAGGACACCAUGGAGUUGACAAGGAUGGACGGCCUGUUUAUAUUGAGAGAAUAGGCCAAGUAGAUGCAAACAAGCUGAUGGAAACCACAACAAUAGAUCGCUACGUGAGAUACCAUGUCCGCGAGUUUGAAAGGACAUUUGAUGCUAAAUUCCCGGCUUGUUCAAUAGCAGCAAAGAAGCACAUUGAUCAAAGUACAACUAUUUUGGAUGUGCAAGGAGUGGGACUUAAAAGUUUCAAUAAAGCUGCCAGGGACCUUAUUACUCGCCUUCAGACGAUUGAUGGCAACAACUAUCCUGAGACCUUGAAUCGUAUGUUUAUCAUCAAUGCUGGUUCUGGUUUUAGAAUGUUGUGGAGCACUGUGAAGUCCUUCAUUGAUCCAAAGACAACUGAAAAGAUAAAUGUCCUUGGUAACAACUAUCAGAGCAAGUUACUUGAGAUAAUUGAUGCUAGUGAGUUGCCAGAAUUUUUAGGAGGUGCAUGUACUUGUGCUGAUCAAGGAGACUGUUUACGUUCUGAUAAGGGCCCUUGGAAGGACCAAUUGAUAAUGACGAUGGUCCAGAAUGGUGUUCAUAAAUGUACAAAGAAACCUCCUGUUCAAACAAGUGAAAUGAAGACGGUAUCAGAGGGACGUGAAGCAGCUGAUGUGCAACCUUUGUCUCCUGGACCUUCUCGUUUUCACAGAGAAUCUUCCAUGACUAAAAGUAUCCAAGGGCCUUUCAACUAUCCCCCAACUGCGGCUUCAUCAUGGCAAACAGCGGUUAAUAAUGGCAAAGCAGGAGGUUAUUAUGAUACUCCCAUUACUCCCAGAGUUUAUGAUGGGUUCGGCUCUCAGGUUCUUGCUGGUAUUGUGGCAUUUAUCAUGGGGAUUGUUGCGAUGGUCAAAUUAACCCACAACAUGCCAAAGAGACUCACAGAUUCCACCUUUUACUCAAGCACUGUAUAUGGUGAUGAUGCCGUGUUCAGACGCCAGCCUUCAUGCUCUAGCAUCGUCAGUUCAGAACUCAUGUCUGUCAUGAAACGUAUGGCUGAAUUGGAAGAGAGAGUUAAACCAUCUUCCAAACCACAUGAGAAGGAGGAACUGCUGAAUGAAGCUAUGAGCAGAGUCGAUGCCUUGGAGCAUGAACUUAAUGCAACAAAGAUGGCUCUCCAUGAGUCGCUUGCGCGACAAGACGAGAUUUUGGCACCUAGGAAGAACAAGAAGAACAAGAGGAAGAAAAUGAUGAAAUUCAUGUGCUAUCAUGGUUAAUCCAGUUGCAUAUUCUGAAGGUGGAGUUUGUGUCAUUCCACAUGGUGAAGGGAGACCUGAAGAAUAUGCUUGCUUUGAUUGAUGGUUUUCCAAAGCCGCCCCCCAAAUGCA